UAAUCUCGCUUUAAUCCUCCGUCCGUAACAAACUUUUCUUCUGUUCUCCGCAAGGACAGAGUAAUGAUGAUGAAGAACAAAGCCGGUGGUGCCGGUGGCGGUAUGUCCGGAUCCGGUGAAGGAGCCGGACCAACGGCCGCAGCAGCUGCAGCAGCAUUACAGAAGCAAAAGGCGUUAUUACAGAGAGUAGAGACUGACAUCACAUCUGUCGUCGAUAACUUCACCCAAAUCGUUAAUGUCGCGAGGGUGAGCGAUCUUCCGGUGAAGAACUCGCAAGAAGCAUACAUGAUGGAGAUGCGAGCUUCUAAAAUGGUUCAAGCAGCUGAUUCUAUUUUGAAGCUCGUAUCGGAGCUGAAGCAAACAGCGAUCUUCUCUGGAUUUGCAUCACUUAACGACCAUGUCGAGCAAAGGAUCGCAGAGUUUGAUCAAGAGGCAGAGAAGACUAAUCGACUGUUGGCUAGAAUAGGGGAUGAUGCAUCAGCGAGUCUUAAAGAGCUCGAGGCGCACUAUUACUCUUCUUCUCAGAGGUUGACUCCAGACGUUUAAGGGAUUUAGUUAAAUAGCCCAAAUAUUCAGGCUCUUAAUGGGCCUUGACAUCUAAUCUAUUUUUAUUAUUUCAACGUGUUUCAUUCGUCUACAUAGAAGGUAGAUAUCAAUACUGUUUUUAAA